AUGUGGAACUUAAUUCAUUCAAAUCCUAUAUGUUUUAAGAAAAAAAUUGCUUAGGUAUUGUUCUUAAUUUGAUAAUAGGAAUAAUUAAUGCAUUUAAACAACCUCUAAAACUCUAAGCCUUUAAUUAAUAAUUCAUAGCCAUGGAAACCAGGACAUUCAAUAUCUAGGUUGGUUAAUAAAUAUACAAACAGUAAGAUUUUUAAAUUAUAUAUGAGCUCAUGAAAAAGAAAUAUCAGAAACUAAUAGUAAGUUACUAAGAAAGAUGAUGGAAAUUCAAGAAAGAAAUUCAACAAUUAAGUAACUACCAACACAUGGUUCUUUAGAAAAUCUAAGAAAAAGAGAGUAAAAUAAAAUAUGUUCAGAGAAUUAAACAAUUUUAAAACGAUUAUAGUCUGCAAGUUCAGCUUAUUCUAGAAAAAAUUGGGUUAGUGAUAUAGAAAAAGUUAAAAAAUAUCGAGAAAAUUUAUAAAGAAGAACAAGUUAAAUAUUUAAAAUAUAGUAGGAACAAAUGAUGAUUUGAAUUUAUUAGCUGCUUAAGAAUAAGUUAAAAGAACUCUUAAUAGUCAAUCUUCAUCAAGAAGUAUAUAUAAAUGUACAAAUAAUUAGAAUUAAAAACAAGUUAAGGUCCUAGAACUACAACUUAUGAAUCAUUGUAUUGA